CGCACCGUGGUCGUUGCAGGCUGCAUCCUUCCUCCCUCCAGCACGGAGCUGCCGCGCGCCAUCUCACUUUUACAACGCGGCUUCUGCAGCCGCGACAGCAACGCAUGCGACGGUGCAUCGGUGGCUGAUCGAUUCUUGUAUCGGAAAACAAUCCGCAUGGUGACGUCACGCCGCUGAUCGGUUAUAGUGGCUGGGCCGGUUGGUGGCUGGCUGGCUGGGUAGCCUACCGCGCGGACGCCAGGGAUAUAUAGACAUAUGGGUGCAUUUAAACUCCACAACGGAUAAAAAGGAAAGUACAAAAAAAUAAAGGACAAUUUCACACAAGGAGUGUGUGGACGCGCACGGGACUGUUUUGCUGUUUGUUUUGUUUAUUUGUCGCGUAUACACGUCGCGUGGGAAAUGUAGCUGUCACGGCCGCCAGCGGGAGGAUGGAUGCGUAACAGGACGGAUCGAGCCAGCUGUGGCCUGCUUCUAACGGCAACAUCUGGCCGUCCUCCUGCAGGGUCAGAGAGGGCUCGUCAGCAGCCAGCCGUCUCUGGACUACAGCGAGGAGAUGGAGGAGGGGGAAGGGCCCAUGGCGGUCAGAGAGGGGCAGAGCGGUCAUGGCCUCCCACCGAACGCCAGCAGCAGCACCACCACCACCACCAACAACCUCCUGGCUUCUGUCAAAGAGCAGGAGCUUCAGUUUGAGCGGCUGACUCGGGAGCUGGAAGAGGAGCGGCAGAUCGUGGCGAGCCAGCUGGAGAGGUGCAUGCUGGGAGCUGAGUCACCAGCGGGAGACAGUAGCAGCUCAUCCGAGAAGUCGUUUGCAUGGAGAUCCGCAGGUGGAGAGUCGCAGGGCGGAGUCCCGAAGGCGUCUGGAUGUCCGGGACGUCCCCUGGAGGCGGAGGACGGACUCUACAUGCCUGAACCGGACCGCGCCUCCCUGCAUGACAGUGAGGGCUCCGGAGGCCACUCGGCUCAGAUGACCUCGUAUUCAGACAGCGGCUACCAGGACAGCAGCGUUAGUUUUUACAGCAACCAAAAUGUGGUGCGUUCGGAGCCCCGGGCCUCGCUAUCGAGAAGCCCGAGAGCCGAGGGUCAGGCCUCUGGGCAGGUGUCUGGCAGGGUGUUACGGAGGAUGGCCUCCCUCCCUUCCAGGAGCCAGUCUCCCGGUUGCGGCACCGCCGGCACCGUAUCCCCCUCCCGCAUCUCCCUGCGAACGUCCCAGGGCAGCACCUACGACUCGCCGAUUCUCUCGGAGCCCAAACCUCUGGCCGCCGUGUUCCCCGGCACUUUCAUGCCGCCCGCCUGCCCGUCGCCGACCUCUCCGACAGAUGGCCCCCAGGCUCCGGGCGUCGGGUUGGUAGGAGGCCGGGGUCGCCUGGGCUCCACCCUGUCUCUGGUGGAGGGGAGGUGUCUGACGGGGUCGCCGCUGCGGUCGGGGAUGACGGCCGUGCCGCAGCACUACGGCUCCACGCUGCCCCGGCAGAGCCAGCCGCUGGCCUACGGAGCCGACCCGUACGGCCUGUACCAGAGCGCCGCGCUGCCCCGUCCCGACAGCCUCAUAGGGCUUCACAGUUCGUACGUCGGUCAGGCAGGGCAGAUGGAUUCAGAGCUGAGGGCAGCGCUGUCUCCAGACUGCCACAUGACGCCCGUGUUCGAUGAGCGCUCCUUCCACAGCCCCCUGUACCACAGCCCCACCCACGACCCCCAGGGCUCGCUCUACAGGACAAACACAGGUAUGGCGACCCUCCCUAGGGCCACGAGCCACUGCGGCACGCUGCCGUACCAAAGAAGCAGCUACGGGCUGAGCACCGCGGCUCUGUUUGUCGACUCCUACGGGGUCUCCGGCGAGCCCGUCUUCUCCCACCGCCACUCGGGACUGGUGGAGCGGGUGGUCACGCGCACCCCGUCCAUCGAGAGCAUCCAUAAAGACCCCAGGGAGUUUGCUUGGCGUGAUCCCGAGCUGCCGGAGGUCAUCCACAUGCUGCAGCAUCACUUCCCCUCCGUCCAGGCCAACGCCGCCGCCUACCUGCAGCACCUGUGCUACGGAGACAACAGGGUCAAGGUGGAGGUGUGUCACCUGGGAGGGAUCCAGCACCUGGUGGACCUGCUGGAUCACAAGCUGACCGAGGUCCAGAAGAGCGCCUGCGGGGCCCUGAGGAACCUGGUGUACGGCAAGGCCACCGACAACAACAAGGUGGCGCUGAGGAACUGCGGCGGCGUGCCCGCCCUGCUGCGCCUCCUCCGGAAAACAACCGACAACGAAGUCCGCGAGCUGGUCACUGGCGUCCUGUGGAACCUCUCGUCGUGUGACGCGGUGAAGAUGACCAUCAUCCGCGACGCUCUGAGCACGCUGACCAACACGGUGGUCAUCCCCCACUCGGGCUGGAGCAGCGGCGCGCACCGCGACGAGCACAAAGUCAAGUUCCAGUCCUCGCUGCUGCUGCGGAACACCACCGGCUGCCUGAGGAACCUGAGCUCAGCAGGGGAGGAGGCGAGGAGUCAGCUGCGUUGCUGUGAAGGUCUGGUCGACUCGCUGCUUCACGUCCUCAAAGCCUGCGUCAACACCUCCGACUACGACAGCAAGAUCGUGGAGAACAGCGUGUGCACCCUGAGGAACCUGUCCUACCGGCUGGAGGUGGAGAUGCCCUCCUCUCGUCUCCUUGGCAACCCGGAGUUGGACACCCUGCUGGGCUUCUCCUCGCCGGCCAAGGAGCUGGACUACCUCUGCUGGGGCAAGAGGAGGCGCGGCCGGAAGAGGGGCGGCUGGCCCGACGACAAGUGGGACGGCGUGGGGCCGAUCCCGGGUUUCUCCCAGCCUCUGAGGGGGGCGGAGCUGCUGUGGCACCCGGUGGUGGUGAAGCCGUACCUCAACCUGCUGGCCGAGAGCUCCAACCCCGCCACGCUGGAGGGCGCCGCUGGCUCGCUGCAAAACCUCUCCGCCGGCAACUGGAAGUUCUCGGCCUACAUCCGGGCGGCGGUGCGUAAAGAGAAAGGUCUGCCCAUCCUGGUGGAGCUGCUGAGGAUGGACAACGACCGGGUGGUCUGCUCCGUCGCCACCACCCUCCGCAACAUGGCGCUGGAUAGCCGCAACAAGGAGCUGAUAGGAAAGUACGCCAUGCGGGAUCUGGUGAACCGGCUGCCCGGUGGCAGUCCGACGGCGCUGUCAGACGAGACGGUGGCGUCGGUCUGCUGCACGCUGCAUGAAGUCACCAGCCGCAACAUGGAGAACGCCAAAGCUCUGGCCGACAGCGGAGGCAUCGAGAAGCUGGUGGACAUCAGUAAAGGACGGGGGAAAGGGUACUCGAUGAAGGUUGUGAAGGCGGCAGCGCAGGUGUUGAACACGCUGUGGCAGUACAGAGAGCUGAGGAACCUCUACAAACAGGACGGCUGGAACUACACUCACUUCGUCACUCCCGUCUCCACGCUGGAGCGAGACCGCUACCUUUCCCAGCCGACCCUGCCCACCGGCCCGCUGCAGAUGUCCCCCGUCAUCCAAUCAGGUGGCAGUGCAACGUCCUCGCCGGCGAUGCUCGGGAUAAGAAGACACAGUUCAAACUAUCAGCGAGCGCAGUCAUCUAUGCAACUCGACACGUAUUACGGAGACAACAGUUUACACAAACGGCCGUUCGCAGGGUCUGAGAAGAAAACUCCGUAUUUCAUUCGGACAUAUUCUUCCCAGUCGGGAGAGGAUUUGAGAAGGUCCCAGCACACGGAGCCAUUUUACGACGAACCCGACGGGAAGAACUACAACAGCUACCGGAUCUACCUGUCGUCCCCGCGGGGCUACGGCGACGAGCAGUACGAGGACGAACCGGCGCACCUGACCCCGUCCUCCCCCGACGGCUACGCCGGCCAGCCGCUCCAGUUCAAAGCCAACGCCAACACCAACUACGUGGACUUCUACUCCACCACAAGGAGGCCUUCAAACAGGGCCAACAAGUUCACCGGCUCCCCCGACUCCUGGGUGUAACUAGACACAAAAUGGACACCGUAGCUGCUUCUCGUGUCGCUUAAAUUGCCUCCUCGACUCCUCCACUUGCCUCCUUUCUUCGCGUCUUAGUCUUUGAGACGGCCUUCACCGAGGAGGGACGGGAACGACUUCCGGUUCAGCCGAGGAGUCAAGGAGCUAUCAGAUAAGCGACAUGAGAAGUACCCCCCCUGUUGUGUAUGUCGAGCUUGUUUCUGUGUGUGUGUGUGUGUGUGUGUGUGUGUGUGUGUGUGUGUGUGUGUGUGUGUGUGUGUGUGUGUGUGUGUGUGUGUGUGUGUGUGUGUGUGGGGUGGUGCACGUUGUCGGUGGGUGGGUGCGCUGUGUGGUUAUGUGCAGGGUCCUACCAAAAUCUACCAAAUGGCUGGUAGAUUUGCUUCACUCGCCAGCCAAAAAAACAAUGGCAAUCUAUUGACUUUUAUGAUUUGAUUUAUUAAGCACAUGUGAAAAAAACAUGAAAAGGAAACCCAGAAAACCCUCAAGGGGCUUGACAUGUUAGGUUCAACUAUUGAGUGGCUGGUAAAAUUUGAACAUUCAUUAGCCAUUUGGCUGAACAAAAAAAGUAAAUUUUGGACCCUGGUUGUGUGUGAAAGGUUGAGGAUGCAUGUGAAUGUGUGUGUAUGCAUCUGUGUUGAAAACUGUACUUACUGAAUGACCGGGGGCUUGGUUUUUGCCAUGUGCAGCUUUUGACUAAUUUAGGCCAUGUGCACAGUAAUGCAGGUAAAACAUGAACCAUUUCUUUUACUUUACAAAACAAUACUUUUAGCGUGUAUAGCACUAACAUAUUUCCACAUGUAAAUCUGUAAACUAUGUGUUUAUUUCAACCAAAACUAGAGUUGUGAUGGUUGGAAAAGUGGAAAGAUGACCCAAAACGGCUUUUCACAGUUUUAUUUUGUUUCUGUGUCAACUUUGAAUGAAGUGUGUUUUACGAUGCUAAAAUGACUGUUUAUUUACAUGGAGUCUGGUUGGUUAUUAACGCAAUUUUGCAGAUGUUUUAAAAAAAGGAUCUUACUAUUUAACAGAAAGGUCGACCUCCUUAGAAGUCCUUUCCAUAAUGUUGUCAGACAUUUAGAAUAUUAAUCUGAGCCUGUCAGUGGCAAAACGAGCACUUUUGUGAAGGUAAAUACAAGCUUGACAAUUGUCCUAUUAACUUACCUUGUAGCUUGUUUUGCUGACAGCCGACUGCAGCGUUCUCACUUAAUACUGAACCAAUGUCAAUGAUUGAUUUAGAACUUCUAGAUAAGAGCUCCAAACAUGUUUCUACUAUAGACACUUCAGUAUAAAAAAUAUUGGAAAAAUAAAAACAGGAAAUCUCAAAACAAACAUUUGAACUUUUAUCUGCAUUACUAUGGACAUGGACUUGCCAUCUUUUCCGUAGUCAAAUGGUGCUUUUUGAGAGAAGCCCAGCCCUAACCUUGUUGUUUACCAGAGUGUUUGUUUAGGUCAACUGAUUUCAUUUUUCUCUGUGGCAAAAAUGUGCAGUUUGUUGGCUUUAUAACAUACAUAUUGUUCGCCAGCAUCCUCGUGAAUGUGAGAGAAAAAGAACUGAGAGAUCCUGUAAAAAGACAACACCUGGGACAAAUACCAUUUACUGUUUAUAGUGAUUGACCUAUUUGAGUUUCCUGCUGCGGGAAAUAAAACCACUACUCCAAAAAAAAAAAACCGUUGCUCUCAAAACUAAAUAUGAUUUGACCCAGGUUUGGAGAAACUUACCGAACCUUUAAAGACUCAGAGAACCAGGGUUACAUCGGUAACCUUUUGCUUUUCUGUAUGUUGGCCAGAAGUGCAGUAAUAUCAUAAAGUAUGUGGAAAAAUGUGAAAACAAAUGUGAAAAUAUAUUUGUACAGAAACAAUGGUUUAACCGUCCUGUUACAUUGUUGUAUUCAAUAUGUAGAACUUUAUAUGUGAUUGUGUGAAGAAGAAUUUUUUCUAUUAUUUAUUGAUUAUUUGUAUUAAUUUACUUGUGAUCUGACCAAAAUACGCCAUCUGUCUGUUCUGUCCAAAACUGAUGAUAAUGAUAAUGUGCAAUGUUACAGAGGGAGAUAUAUGUAUAGGGAUUAAAGAUUAUAUCAUGAUCUGA